GCUGACAAGUGAAGGGUUUUCAUUACUAAUAAUUCCAAGAUUAUUGAAUUUUAGUUUAAAAACAAGUUAAAAUUUUGUACAAUUUCGCAUUCGUUCAGAAAUUUAUUGAUUUGCGGAAGCGCAUCAGUUCGGGAUUAUAUAGUUUGAGUACAUAGCUCUGACGGAAGCACACUUGACGAAUAACGGAAUCGGAAUCCAUAUUAAAAGUAUAUCAUCCUGCGUAUUUUCAAACAGGUCAACCACAACAAUGAAUAAUAGCAAUCAAAUUACUCGAGGUGAUGUCAAAAACAGCAAUUCCUCUCAGUUACUGGGAUCUGUUACCACCGAUGAUAACGCCUGUGUGGUGUGUUUUAAGAACGUGGAUAUCUAUUCUAUCGGUGAGUGUGAUCAUCCAGUGUGUUACGAAUGCUCGACACGUAUGCGUGUAUUGUGUCAGCAAAAUGAGUGUCCAAUAUGUCGACAAGUUUUAUCCAAGGUCAUAUUUACUUAUGACAAAUUGCCUUAUCGAGAGUUGGAAGCUAAAAAUAGGUCCGAAUAUUACAGUAAAAAGUAUAAAAUCGGUUUCUAUACUUGUGAGAUUCAACAAAAAUUUUUCGAAUUGCUAGACCAUCCUUGUCCAAAAUGUAAUGUUCCACCUUAUCGAACUUUUCAAGGCCUGCGUAAUCAUGUACGGAAAGAGCAUGAUUUAUAUUUUUGUGACAUUUGCGUGGAACAUUUAAAAAUAUUUACCUUCGAGCGGCGCUGCUACACUCAUGCUGAACUAGAUAUGCAUCGCAUUAAAGGCGACACAGAUAAUCGCUCACAUCGCGGCCAUCCGUUAUGCGAAUACUGUAACAAACGUUAUUUAGACCGGGAUGAACUCUUCCGUCAUUUGCGUCGUGAGCACUAUUUUUGUCAUUUUUGUGAUGCUGACGGCUGCAAUGAAUUCUAUCGCGAUUAUACUGCUCUGGCUGUACAUUUUCGUCAAGACCAUUAUUUGUGUGAAGAAGGUAAAUGCGCUACCGAAGAGUUUACUGGGGCCUUUCGCAGUGAAAUCGAUUAUAAGGCUCAUGUUGCUAACGUGCACGGUAAAUCAAUGAAUAAGCAGCAAGCCAAGCAAACACGUACCUUACAAUUGGAAAUUACACUGGGACCACGCAGCUCAGGACGAUCAGGUCAAAUGGAACAAAAUGUGGCAAACAUGAAAUCAAGAGGAAACAAUGGCGCAGUUAGUCAUGAAUCUGAAACAACUCUAAUACAUCACAAUAACAGCCAACAACAGCAGCGUAUUGAUCCUUGUAAUGAAGAAGAAUUUCCCUCAUUAGCUGGGGCGAGUAGUGCUUCUAACGUGUCCUUAACACGCCCACCGCCGCCUUCAAUGUUUAACCGUAGUCGCAUGUCUGGUUUGGCAAGAACAAAAGAAAACUUCCCUGCUUUAUGUGGCAAUGCCAGCAAUGCAGCUCGCACGCAGCAAAACACUCUUCCCAUAUCGUCAAUGUUAAGAAAACAACCCACGCCUGCCACUGGGGCUAUACCACGAACUACUACUCCCACAAAUGUACCUUCAACCAACAAUAAUGGUAGCAGCAUGGUUAUUCAUGUAUCUAAUCGUCCCAAUAUCACAGCUGCAAGUACAAACAAGAAACCCUUCACUAUAGAUUUUCCAGCCUUACCUAGUGGAAAAAUGAAAAAGCAAACAGGCGGCGCUAAGCCACUAGUGGAUGAAGAUGUAGCUAUUCCUGGAGUUCAAGUCCCAACGGGCGUAGUAUCGGCUAAACAUCGUACCUUAAUGGAUGGCUAUGUUUCUGUGGCCAAUCCAACUAAUUUCCAAAAAAUUCAAAUGGUCCAAAAGGACGACUUGGACAGCAACGCUCGUAAAGAACUUGAAGCUAAAAAUGUUCCGAAGCUAACCAAUCAAGAUUUUCCAUCUUUAAGUGGCACAACAUCAGUUCAAUUAACUCAAUCAGCUACCUGGGUGAAAGCAGCUUUCAAUGAUAAAAGGCAAAAGGAUGUGGAAAAUCGCAAAAAUAAGAUUGCUGCUGCUCCCAUUUUACAAAAAAGCCUAAGCAAUACAAGUCAAAACAUAUUAAUAGACAAUAAUGGAAAAAAGGAGAAGAAAUCCAAAGAGAAGAAAACGAAAGAACGCAACAAUAACAAUGAAAAUAAAAAUAUAAAUAACAUUAAUUUAGCUAAUGGGGAAAAAUUAAAUACGAAUCAAACGGCUUUACGACUACCGCCUGGGUUUGGGAAUCAAAAUGAAUCAAUUAAACCGCCGCCAGGAUUCCAGGGGAAUGUAAUCGUAAAUUCCGUGGCCAAAUCGCCAAAUAAUCUUACAUUUACCAGCUCGUUGGGUGAAAGUUAUAGUAUUUUAGCUACUCAUAGUUAUACACCACCACCAGAGGCCUUACAGCGUAAUCAGAAAUUAGUUGGAUAUUUUAAGGAAACUCUAAAAACACCUGAAGCUUUAGAGGAAUUCCGGCAUAUUUCUCAGAAGUUUCGUGAAGGUACUUAUAAAACUCAAGCUUAUUACGAACACUGUCAAGCAGCUUUAAAAGAUAAAUUCGAUAACGUAUUUCCCGAACUUUUGGUUUUACUACCGGACAUCAGUAAGCAACAGGCUUUGUACUUGGUGCACAAACAACAAUUAAACACCUUAUCACCAGUACAAUGUAAAGCACUGCCUAAAUUACACGUUUGCGUCACUUGCAAGCAAGUGCUGUCGCAUAAUGAUUUGGAUAUUCAUCGUAAAAUGCAUGAACUUAAAGAAAAUUUCCCUCAAUUGAACGGUAGCCUCAAAAAGUCACAUGCUGCCGCUGUUGCUGCUGCUACCGCCACCAAAACACAGUGAAAAAUCGAAAUGCAAAAAAAAAUCCUCUCUUUUUAAAUCAAACAAUUAUCUUUUUUUUUUUUAAUAAUUUCAAAAUUUUU